AAAGCAGAAGAUGUAGACCAUAGGUCCAUGAUGUAGUAGAGUGAAUACUGUCUAUGUCGUUCUAACUCUAGACGACUACGAGUCCCAGAAAGCAUUGCGUUGCCAUGUCAAUAUGGCUUCUGUCUGUCGGACAAAGGCAAAUCAGUCUCGCUACCCAGUAAAAUCAAAUUAACAUUCUAAGUAGCAACCGGAAACCCAUCCGUGCAUGCUAGUCCUGGAAACACAAGGGACCAAAUCCAUCUGUCAAUUAAAUGUUGCGGAGGUCGGCGGUCACGGAUGCAGUCAGCCAGGAUGUCCCAUCCCUGCGAGGAGCCGCGCUUCACCAUCGAGCAGAUCGACCUGCUGCAGCGCCUAUGGCGCUCCGGCAUGACGCAGGCGGAGAUCGUGCACGCCCUGGACACCCUGGAGCGCCUGGAGCGCCAGCACAGCCGUCUGCCCAGCCCCCGUUCCCGCCCGCCACCGCCACGCUCCUCCUCUUCCUCCACCACCUCCACCGCCACUCAGACCUGUUUCGCCGGGAACGGGGCGUCGCCGUCGCCCAGUAACCUGUACCGCACCUCGCCGCCCCUCCUGGCGUCGGCCCCAACGCCCGUUUCCAUGGCGGCGGCGGCGGAGAACGGUCUCGUCGGCAUGGCGAACGGGAAGCUGUCUCCUCCGAGGUUUCCCGUGGCCAUGAUCGGCAGCAGCGGUGGGGUCGUGGCCCAGAGCUACGGCUUCGAGACCAGUGAGGAAGACCUGGAGUUCGAGGAGAAGGUGGAAGAACUCAUGAGAAUGGACAGCGCUGUGAUUAAAGAGGAGAUCAAAAACUUCCUGGGAAACAGGCGGAUCUCGCAAGCUGUGGUUGCCCAGGUAACAGGAAUUAGUCAGAGCCGGAUCUCCCACUGGCUGGUGCAGCAGGGGUCAGACCUGAGUGACCAGAAGAAACGGGCCUUCUACCGCUGGUAUCUGCUGGAGAAGACCAACCCAGGGGCUACUCUGGCCAUGCGGCCCGCGCCAAUGGCCAUGGACGAGAUGGUGGAGUGGCACCAAACCCCGCCCUCCUUUGGCUCCAUGCCGGGGGGGUCCCGUCUGAGGCGGGGGAGUCGCUUCACCUGGAGGAAGGAGUGUCUUUCUGUCAUGGAGAGCUACUUCAGUGAUAACCAGUACCCUGACGAGGCGAAGAGGGAGGAGAUCGCGAGCGCCUGCAACGCGGUCAUCCAGAAGCCAGGGAAGAAGCUGUCUGAUCUGGAGAGGGUCACAUCUCUGAAGGUCUAUAACUGGUUCGCUAACCGACGCAAAGAGAUGAAGAGGCGCGCAAACAUAGAAGCAGCCAUCUUGGAGAGCCACGGCAUGGAUGUGGUGAGCCCGGGGGGCCACUCCAACAGCGACGAGGUGGACGGCAACGACUUCCCAGAGCAGGGCCCUGAGGUGUCAGUGUUUGACAAGAGGGCGGCAAACAGAGCGUUUGGACUGAGCCGAAUAGACCUGUCCUCACCCACACAGGUCCCAUCUCUUCUCCCCAGCUGGUUGGCUGCCUGGCCGGGCUUGGGCAGGGGGGGUGUGACUGGACAGAAGGGCAACCCUCUGAUAGGCCGAUCGUUGUUAGGGGCGGGGGCUCAGGCAGAGGCUUCCAGACUGACGGGUGUGUCCUGGUCUCCCCCCUCCCCCUCCCUCCAGGAUGAACCCACCAGUCACAGCUCACCCACUGAGGUCCAGGACCCGAUCAGCUUGGCUGUGGAGAUGGCGGCGGUCAAUCAUACUAUCUUAGCCCUAGCCAAUCAGGCGUCUGACGGCGGCGCAGGGGGCAGCACAGGAAAUGACAUCAAGACAGAGACGAUGGAGGACGAAUGAAGACGGGGCGCCGGAGAGAAGCUUUGGGAUGAGAGAGGUGCGUUGGUGUUUGGGUGUGGUUGUUCAAGUUCACCGCUCUACCUCCACCCCCCCCCCCCCCCCGCUACACCCGACUGUCCCAGGCAUUACCGCUACAUCCCCAAAAAUAGAAUUAUGACUUUGAUAUAACGCUCAUUAUUAUAAAUGAAUUAUUAUAAGCGAUUUUUGUUUACAACAGUUGACGGAAGGCAGGUAGGCAGACGAGUGAGCAGAAAACGUAAGUCGUAGUUUUAGUCAAAUACCUUACUGUGCCAAGAGCCUCCAGGCCACCUGCCUUUCUAAACCUGUUGAAUAUAGCCGAGAGAUAUCAGAAAAUACUGAAAAUAGACUGACGCGCCGAGGCUUGUCUUCCUGGGUGGAGGAAAUUAACAUUGUCCCUUGUUUGAGUCGUAAGGAGUUCUGCAGAAAUCCUAGGAACCCAAUGUGAUCUCAUGACGUGAUAUAUGAACCGGCUCUCUGUUGGCUUAGCAGUAUGAAACGGAUCAAAAUAACAUGGGAGACGUAUUGAUGAACCAAGAGGUCUAGAAAUACGUGGACAGUAGCGGCUGGUUGGAAGCUUGAUAAUAUCAAAUGUACGCCUCUGUCUUUAGUUGGAGGACUAGCUCUUUGACAGACUUAAGGACUCAAAAGGGUUAGAUUUUUAUAUGGAUAUGUUAUUCAAAUGCACAUCAGAGGUUAGGCCUGUUUGUGACUUCCACAAUCUAUUCUUGAGUCCAGGAAAGUCACGCCACACUGUAGAAAACGUUGAGAUUUUAUGACAAAUGUAUAUGAAUGCGAAAAGUCCCCACAGAAUUCUACCAAUCGGAUAAGCUUUAAACUUUUAUAUCUACUAAUUAAUUGGGAAUCAAAAACAAUCUCACAUUCUUGGCAUAUCCAUGGCAGGACUAUUUGAUGUUUUGUUGUACUCAGUCUUGGAUCAUUGGUGUCACAAACAGGGCAAAUGAGAUGUGUUAUAUUAAUGCAAAUACAACGCAUAUCUCUUUUAAAAAAUGUAUCUAUUUAAGCAUUACAAAUGUUUUCAAAAUACAGAUAACUCUUUAAACAAGGUCAGAAUUGCAUAACCUGUAAAUAGUCUAAUGCUACAAAGUCAAGGCUACAAAGUGUGGUAUCAAAAACAAAAUCUGGUUAAUUUGCCGUGGGCAAAAUAACAAAGGGUGGUUAUUGCGUGUGUUUUGAAAAGGGCUCGAGCCUUGAACUGCACUUUGUGUGACUGGCCAUUAGCCAGAACCGCGUUGACCUCCUACGGGCAAAACAAUUAACCAACAAACGCAUCGCACUGAAGAUGCAUUGAAUGUUUUGCCCAUACGGUGAAAUGUCUGACAGCCUAAUUUAUGUUAAACAAUCUUAUUCCCGUACAGAGUUGUCCAUAUUUCUCCAGCCUCUUAGGCUUUCCAUGUAUCAGUGUAAUAUACUGACUGACACCUGACACCAGUCAGACAAGUGGAAAACAAAAGUAACAUUUGGGACAUUGCUGUCCAAGGCAACUUUCCUCUGCAAAGUAACUCAAAUGUAGGAUGAUCAAUUACUUAAACACCUUUUUAACUGAAUUGACUAAUGGUGGCAUUUAUAAAAAAAAAGUGCUUCACCAGCGCAGAAUUGGUGGAAAACUAGAGCUGGCUAGUUAGUGUGUACUUACCAAUUAACACAGGCUAGCUAUAACGUUG